AUGGUGCAGUUUGUGAACAAUUUUUUCAGCAAGUGUAGGGAGCAUAUCGCACGCAAGCUGACCAUUUCGAACAGGAGGAAGAUCUAUAUCAUUAACAACAGCUUGUUUUUGUCCUUCAUUCUGUUUUACAUGUCCUACUUUUUCUUCAUCAAUGGGAUUAUUAACCCCGCGGUCAAGAUCGUCUUUCACGGAAAUAUAAUAGCGGACACUACGCAGGUGUACGAGAAUUCCAUCCUGGAGUCAAUAUGGCUUUUGUUCAAGAGCAAAAGUUACUUCAACAUGGGCAUGCUGCUGUUCUUUUCGAUAAUCAUCCCCAUUUUAAAAUUAAUAAUGGUGAGUGACAAUUUUUACUGCUUCUUCAAGUUAUAUAAUUUGAGUUUGCAGCAUGAGGAAGAAGAAAAGGAAGAAGAGGAAGAUGACAUAUUUUUUAUUAACACAGUGAAUGAAAAUGAGCAAUUUAUUUUAAAAAAAUUUAGCAUCCUAAGUUCCAUUUCAAGAUUUCAAUUUGUGGACGUUUUAAUUUCGCUGUUCAUUGUGUCCUCUUUAAAUUUGUAUUUGUUGGAGGCCAAGAUUUUAAAUGGGGCAUAUCACUUUUUAAAUUAUUGUCUCUUGUCUACCAUUUCGUCUUUCUUCCUCCUUACGCUCACGUCACUUAAAAUUAGUAUAUUUAAAAGGGGAAACAUAAAAAUAUAUGCGUUGCCUACGGAGAAGCGUUUGAGUUUGCGCAACAGUCUGCAGCAGGAUAGGAGAGACAACAGGGUGUUGGAUUGUGUGAAGGGGGAAGGGGUGGCUUCCCAUGCACAAUUGGGAAACGGGAACGACAACUCACCCAUAGGUAAAGGGAAUAAAACUCGUUUAACACCUGUGGGGGGAGAAAACAACGUUGAAGAAGGUGAGGAGCAUGGAAGUAAUGAUGGAGGAAAUGACCCACAACAGGAUCAUUCCACUUUACAACAGGGAGUGGACUUGACAGGUGUUACAAAGAAUAAGCAGAAAGGCGGGAAAAAGAAAGUUUCCCACGAAGGGAUGACCAUGUCGGAAGAUCAUGUAGCAGGAGCAACAGGAAUAAUUAAUCAUCGUGGAGUGUAUCAGCGUACAGUGUACCCUCGUUAUAAUGUGCCCAUGCCGAAUGUGCAUCACCAAGGGGCACAACAACGUGUAAUUCAAUAUAGUAAUGGAGGGAUGCAGAAAGGGAGUUGUAAUUGGAAAGGAGAAGGAGAGAUGAUAGGAUAUGAUCAUGAAGAUGUAAAUAGUAGUUUGAAUGAAAAAGGAGGAGUGGUGAAUACAAAAAAAGUAAAUGUAGAAUCAACAACACAAUUUCAACCACACGAAAGAUAUGAGAAACAACUCUUAUGUUAUAACAAGCUUCAAACAUUAAACAAUAUAAACUACCUGUACAAAGUCAUGAAAAAUAAUGAAGCAUAUAUAUAUUUAAAAAAGAAAAAAUUUAACGCCUUGUUGAAGACAAAUUUCCAUCAUUGCAGAUUAAAUAAGAUCAAAAUAUGGUAUGCCUGUUUCCUAUUCUUGUUCCUCUGUUUGUGUGUAUACCUAAUAACAGCGGUGGAAUGUAGCAUGGUUGGCAUAUACAUAUAUUUGAGUUACUUCAACUUCAACGUGGAAGGGGUCUUAAUCGAUUUCAUUGACAUGCUGAACAUUUUAAAAUUGAAAAUAAACAGAAGUUAUAUUUACCCGUUCUUCGUGAUGUUACCAUUUAUCUUCCCAGUGAUAAUUGGAGUGUCUUUUUUUUUGAGUGUAUUAUUUAUGAAUUUAUAUUAUGUAAAUUUUUCUCGUGGGUACAAGAAGAUGUGUGCAAUGAAUGACGACGAGUUGGUCUUCAGUCCUGAGGUGGAAGACAAUCAGAAGAUGAUGGUAUCAGAGCGUUACAAUUAUUUAUAUAUAAAAAAAGAAAUUGAAAAAAAUGAUCGUUUAUCCAACACGUCGGAUGAUCUGACGUCUCCAAAUAACAGUACCAUUUCAAGUAGCAAAAGUGAAGAUAUAAAUACGAGUUUUAUUUUCAGUAGGCUUUUAAAUUUUUAUUUUUCAGUCUCUGUGUUUUUCACCACCAUAUGUUCCUUCUGUAUGCAUAUAUCCUUGGGGGAAAUUAUUUCUAUCUCUUUGUUGACCUUUUAUCAAAUUGUCAAGCACACCAAUAAUUUAAACAUAUUGGUUUUAUACAAAAGCAAUACAAUAAAAUUUUGCAAAUUUUUACUAUUCGUUGUGUAUGGAUUGUUGUGUCUGUCGAUCAACCUGUACGUCACUCAGUGGGAACUGUAUGUGAAGAAAUUGAAGAAGACGAAGAAGAGGAUUGCGCUUUUUCAAAAUAAUCGCUACAGUGAAAUUGUUGACUUAAAUAUUCAGAAGCACGAACAUUGGCACGUCCCCAUCUACUCUUACUUUUUUCAAUUUUUGUUGAAGAAGGAGGAACCCUUUUUCUCCUCCACGAUAAAGCACAAUCACAUAACGAAAGAGCGCACGGACACUGUACAGACUAUGAUGAUGUACCGCGUGUACGAAAAUGACACCAGUCUGGGGUACCAAAACACGCGUGUGGAUAAUGAUGAGAUGAUCGAGUUCAACAUUAUGUCGGAGAGGGGCUCCCAGGUUAGCGACGAGGAGGGGGGACGACUGCGUCUUGCUCGAACGACCACAGCGAGGACAGAAGCGACGACUGAAGGGACAACCGCAGUGACCGUCGUAGCGACAAGGGAAGUGCGAACGGACGUGGGAACGGAAAUGCCACGAGAAGAACAUACAGGGGUGAGAAGCCCUGAUCAAGAUGAAUGCUUUGUGAACAGCGGAACAGUACACAUUCCGCUAAGUACCCCCAGUGAUGGUUUGGGUGGCGGUGAAAAGGGACUCUCCUCAGCAGAGGCGGAGGAUCAGGAGGAAGGUAAUAAUUCGCCCAGUGUAGGGGCUGUUGCGGUGGCCUCUGAAAGUUCAGACGCCCCGGUUAAAGCAGAAAACGGAAACGAUGGAGGGGUAACUACCUCUGGAGGAGAAAAUCAAAUGGACGAAACGGAAUCAGGGGAAGACUCCAAAAAAGGAACAACAUUUAAAAGUGACCCGACGGGAUAUUUGAAAAAUAUGAUGCCUAUAAAAUCCAUUUUACUAUUCCAUCUGGAGAAAAGGAAAAAGAAAAAGACCAAGAGAGGUGGUGAUGGAGGUGGAGGAGGAGGAAGAGGUUUUGGCGGCCUUAUGGAAAGACUACUGAGGAAAUUACUAGGCGUGGGAAAUUCAGAAAAAAUAUCAAGAAUGAUAAUUUUGGUGCAUGGAUUCCUUUUUGUGUUAAUUUUCAUCAGCACGUUCAUGGUGUUUUUUAAGAGGGAAGGUAUAUUCCGCUUCAACAUGAAUGCAGUGAAUAAAAGGCUUAACAACUUUUUCAAGUCGGCCCAUUUUCAUUCGCUCAUUCCAAACAGCAUAGGCAAGUGCAAAACGAAGAAGUAUUUGGCCAAGGAACCCUGUUACAAUAUCGGCCAUAUUUAUCACGAGGAAAAAACAUUUUACCAUGCCACUCUGCUGUUCUUGCAAGGAAUCAGUUCCAUCAAAAUAGCAAAUAUACAUUUCUACUAUGAAAAAGGAAAGUACAAUUUAAUUUUGGAUGGGCACUUCAAGCAUAUAAUUGGUCCGCUUUUCUUAAAGCUGUGUAUCGGAACGAAUUUUUGUCCCAUCAGUACCUAUGCCUUUCUCAUUGGAAGCAAACCCACCUUCUCCAUCACCAUGUCUGCUCACUGCAAUGACAGGCUGGCUCCGAACUACAUCACGGACAUUGUGGUAAAGGAUUUGAAGAUAACAAAAAUUGAGGUCAUCAAACACAAUGACAUAAUUGAAAAUGUGGAUAUACAAUUGGAUGACGUACAGGAGCGUGUGCAGGAGAAGGUCAACAGUAUGCUUGCUGAACGUAAGCGUUUCAUUUUGUGGAAGAGGCACAAGUACAACUUGGAAGGAUUUAUAAAUUAUUUGAUUUCGAAGAAUGCCUUAGCCGGAUUUACCUGCAGACCAAUGAAUUACCAUGAGUUGUGA